CCAUUUUCAUCUUUUUUAGAAGCAAGCAUGUUGUCAGAACCAAACAAGGAAGGUGAAGGGCCCGAGGAAGGCCAAACUACUGCAUAUGAAUAUUACAAACGUAUAGUUAAUGAACUUAACUUGUCUGGUGCUUUUUAUCGUCAAAAGGAUGUUAGUCAACCUGCAAAGGAUUUUAUUACUUCAACAAAUAAGGACCCAGUCUCUUUACUAAAUAUUUAUUCAACAAUUAGUGGAGAAGUACCUUUUAAAUUUUUUGAAUAUGAAUUGGUUGGACGUCCUGACAAAAAUAAAUUUCUGAUUGUUUCUGAAUUGGAUGGCCAGCCAAUUUUUGGUUUUCCUUCGGCGUCCAAAAAAGAUGCCAAAAAGACCUGUGCUGUUUGCAUUCUUGAAAAGCUUUAUUUGGAACAACGCCUCAAUUGUCUGAGCAGCACUGGUCGAAAACUCAAGCAUCCAAAUCGCCAUCCUCGUCCACUUCCAUUUACUCCCGUUCCGAAACUGGAUGAAGAUUUGGGCAAAAUUAGCGCGGAGUUUUACCAACAGCCUUUAUCUGUCGAUCCACAGAUGGCUUUGUUUGCUGAAGAUGUUGAUUUUGAUGGUCCGAUUGGUCCUAAACUUUUGGAGAUGAAACAGGUUUUUUAUAAUAAUUUUUGGUUAUAUUCUUCAGUUGAUACAGGCAAAAUUUCGGGGGUUGUAGGCGAAAAAAGUCUGGCUACAGGCCUAAAUCAGAGAAAUCCCGCAUCUGGUCCGCCUCUAUUUACGAAUUCCGAUAAACUACAAAAGAAUUGA